AAGAAAAAUACUGACUGUAACCAAGAAAAAAAAUGAAAUUAAUUAAUUUUUAAUUAAAAUAGUCUUGCUAAGAUCAUCAUCAAUAAUUUCUCAUUUGAUUAGUCAAUAAGUUUUAUUAUUAGAAAAAAAUAUUUUAUCACGGAAAAGAAUGAGGGGUGUUAAAUAUUUAGUCAAUGAACUUUUAACCUUUAACUUCAACAUCCCUAGUGGUUACCUAAUAUUUUAUGCACUAUAUACACGAAUAAGAUACGAAAGAAUGACUUUUUUUAUUUGGUGUGCAAAACGGCACAACAUAAAAUUAUCUAGGAUUACCUAUUUCUUUGCAUGAUAUUCGCGAAAACACGGAGUCAAGCAAAGCCCUGGCAUAUUCGGACACAAUGGACAAUAAAAAAGUGAGUUAUUCCUUAGUUUUUUUGUUCCCAGCAAACUUGGCAUCGCCUCCGUUUUGCUCUUAUUUUAGCUUGCUCACCUUUGGGACAGAAUUCGGGAAGAUGUGUUAUUCUGAGCUUUGGAACAGACGCUAGUGGUGGUGGACCCACUAGGUUUUCAAUAAAGGACAAUCUGUAUUCAUAAAAGGAUUUCUUAUUGUUGGGACUGCCCUUUUUAUAACGGUAAUAAGAAAAUAUUACGGUUUUGCAGAAUAUUCGAGCGCAAAAUUCAGAGGAAUCUCAACCAGACUCUGACGAAACCACGGAUACAAAAAUAAACGCAAUUAAAGCGUUGAGAAAUACAAAAGAAAAUAAAAAAUACCGAUGUUCAAAAUUUUCCUCGACAUAUCGAAAGGAAUCACCCGUAUGAAUUAGAAGUAUUGCAAAUUUGUUCCAAACCUAAAAAGAGUGAAGAAAGCAGGAAACUUUUAGCCCUAUUAAAAAAGAAGGGCAAUUUUAUUAAAAAGCUUGUGUCAAACCGAUGAAAGAAGCACGGGAGCCAGAGAACUCAUUUUUGUCAUGCACAAACUGCUUGGGAUUUUACAGAUCGAAAUUUUUAUAUCGACACACAAAGAAAUGCACAGGGGCUAGUUCAUCAAGAAAUGCUCAAGUUGCAAGUCAAAACUUUUUGAUAAAAAAUUUGACCCGAAUUGACCAACAAUUAAAAGAUCAGGAUUUUCCUAGAAUGAGACCUGAUCAGAUUUCUUUAGGGGCAAAGAAUGACUUUUUAAUAUGUGCCUUUCGAGCUCGUUACCUUAAGACACAUCGCGAAAAAAAUUGUAUUAAUGUUACAAGUAGAAAAAUGCGAGAGUUGUCAAGAAUUUUCUUCGAGCUUAAAAAAAUGGAUCCAAACCUAGCAAAUCUAUUUGAAGCAUUGCAGCCAAAGCACUACGAUAAACUGGUGGAAGCUACAAAAUCUGUGGCAAGAUUUGAUAGCAUUAAGGAAGUGUUUGUAGCGCCCACAUAUGCUAUGAAUAUUUCCACAUCUCUGAGACAGUGUUGCGAUAUUGCAACUUAUAUGACCAUAAAAAGUGAACCAUCAGUUGAAACGACAAAUAUUGAAUCUCGAUUAAAAACAAUGGUAAAUUUAUUUUCAUCUAACUGGCGAUUUGAUAUAUCGAUUCGAUACAUCGAGACAGUGUAUUGUAGAAUUAUUUUAGUGAAUAGAAGGAGACCAGGAGAAUUACAGCGGUUAUUAAAGGAUACUUACGUUGCUUCAGAAGAGUCAUCAAACUCUUACGAAGAAUUUAGUGAAGUUAUCUGGAAUGCAGAAAAAAUUUUGUUACAACCCUUUAAAAGAAUAGUGAUUAGAGGAAAGAGGGGUAGAGUGCCAGUCAUAUUCAGUCACGAUGUGCAGGUACAUAUUGAUCAACUUCUACAGGCGAGAUCAAAUUUCGUCAAUGACAACAACCCCUACCUUUUUGCAAACCCAAACACGAAUACUCCAAUAUGUGGCUACAAAGUUGUUGCAAAAUAUGCUAAAGGUUAUGGCGCUAAGAAUCCUGAGGCUAUAACAUGCUCAAGGUUGCGAAUAAUACAUCUUGCAACGCUAACACAAUUAUUCAAUCUAUUCGAAAAUGAAAUUGAACAACUGUCAAAUUUCAUGGGCCAUACAUCGAACGUGCACAGAGGAUCAAAUAGAUUGCCAAACGAUGUCUAUCAGACAGCAUAGAUAUCCAAGCUUCUUCUUUUAAUGGAACAAGGAGAGGCAGUUGUUCAUAAGGGGAAAAGCUUGGACGAAAUUACAAUUGAUUUAGAAGAAAAUCUUUUAAAUGAAGAAACUAGUGAAGAUGAAGAUCUAGAAACUUCGACGAAAACAAGUAGGAAAACGGAAAAAGAAACAAAGGAUAUGGAUCAAAUCAAACAAUUAAUCCAGGAUGUAAAAAAACUGAAGGAAAAAGCAUUAGUUUAGAACCAGUCUUAGAAGUAAAGGACAAAAAGCGAAAAAGGAUUUUGAUUCCAUGGACAGAAGAACAAAAAAAAUGUAGUUUGUUGGAAUAUUUAUAUUAUUACGUCAUAUCCGACAAGACCCCGUAACAAAGAGGCGCCGCCUUGUUUUUUUUGCCGAUCGUAAAAUAUAUCGGCGUCUCAGGCAAAAAGGACAGGGAGGGCAAGUUGCGGUGAGGAGAUAAUUAGGGUAUUAUUAUGCGAUGUUUUUUGGGUUUACGAUAAGUUAGUUAAGACGUAGUUGUCGAACCGAGAGGAUUAAACUCGAUUCUGCUUCAUUACGUUGUUUUAUUUUGAUUAUCCUUACAAGUUACAUUCUAUUUUUCAAAACAAAUAAAAAAUAAGAAGGCACCCAAAAGAUGUCAAUGCGAAGAAUUGAAGGACAUCAAUGAGGUCUAUAAGUAGAUACCAUUGAUUUUUCAGUUGGUAUUUCAGACCAAAAUGGGAUUUGGAGGUAAUAUCCCAAAAGUUUUCAAAAUUUUGCCUAAAGUGGUUUCUGAUAAUAAGAAAUCUGAAACCGAAACUACUUUUUCAAAAUAUCGACAUUUUCUGAUGAUUUAUGUUUUUAUUUAUUCUGUUCUUCCAAAUAUCUCCCGCACCCUGUAUAGUAAACGAAAGCUGUAAAUACGAAAAUUGUAGCUCUCGGCACGGUAAACCGAGAAAUGCCGGAAAGAUAUUUCUUAAAACGUUACUAAACCCCAAAACUAUGUUUAUUAUAAAUGACGCCCUUCUACUAAUCGAUAUUCUGACAGAGCGAGGGGCGAGAAAUGCGGUUUUUUAAGAAAACAUCUGGCUCACAAGUGGUUGCUUAUUGCGUCGUACGUAAAAAAAUUUUAUAUGGUAUAUAAUAUAUAGGUUAAAACUGGGAUAGAUGCCCCACUUUUUGUAAGCUGACUAUAACUUUUUUUAAAGCACUAUUCGAGUGAGUUAACUAUUUGUAACAACUAUAGUCCUUAUACUUACUAUCUACUCAUAUCAUCAUUCAAUGCAUACCGUAGAUUUGUAGAUAUUCGGCUCCAAAAAAACUCAUUGUUUGAGGAUAGACGCCUACUGUAUGGGGUAGUUGCCCCUGGCAAAAUUUCGACAUGAGUAUAGAUGCCCUACAAUGGGAUAGAUGCCUCCGUAAUAAAGAAAAAAAUUCGUAGAAAAUUAAAUAAAAUGUUUAUUUGCUUUCUUAGUUGCAAUAAUAUAUUAUAAAGUUUUCUUAUCCAAAUAUACCGUAAAACUAAAGGAAAUGGCACUUUUAUAGGAACAAAUGGCUCAGUCUUUCAAUCAUACUUUGGGUAAACUUAGCAACUUAACAACGUCUAUUAAAAAUUAUUUAAAACUUUACCGAACUAAAUUUAGGAACAAUAAAACCUAAAACAAAUCCGUCCCUUAGGACUUCUUUGGAAAAAAACAAUACAUACAAAUAAUCAACAAAUAUAGAGAUACCGUUUACUUUGGCCAGGUUACUUAUUCUUUGAAUUCACUUUGGCCAGGUUAGCUUUUAGAGCUGCAAGCUUCUUGAGUCCACAUCUAUUACAGUAAUCGCCAUAUAGAGUGCAAUCUUCGUGUAACCAGAGUUUACACAUCAGGCACUGAAUCCAGUCCGCCGUGGACUUGGUACUUGCAUAGUCAUCGAAACAUUCCCUUCAUUGAGUAUUUUCUUUAUCAGAUUUAGUCUGGUCUGGUUCAUCGAACUCUUUUUCACUUUCAGAGCUAAACCUCGGUCUUUUCUUUUUAGGAACUGAUUUUUGGUUGUUUUUUCUAGGUUUGUCUGGUGUUUGCUUCUUAGCUCUAUCUUUCAACUUAGCUUUCUUAGAGUUAAUAUGUUCUUCUGAAUUUAAAACGGCAGCACAUUGCUUGCCUCUUUUGUAUAAUGAAACAGGAAUUUUCGUGAUAGGUGAACAUUCAUUAAGAUAUUUACUUGGAGUUAUGACUUCUACAGUUUCAGGCUCCCUAUUGAUAGUUGCCGACGAUCUACCAGGCUGGGGCUCAACAUAAUAUGAAUUCACAUCGGCGUUCGCGUCGAGUUCCUUUGCGACUGGGGUUGGUCUUGAGCAAGGUUUCCUUCAUCUAGAUUUUGAAUUUUUACGACCGGUGAACAUUCUUUAAGAUAAUAUUCACCUGGAGUUAUGACUUCUAUAGUUUCAACAUUAUGAUUCUAAGAUAGGAUGGACGGACUGACAUUUCCUUCUAAGGGAAUAACAAUUGCGUCCGCUGCAAGAUCUUCAUAUAGUAAGAACCCGAAAUCAAGCUCCCGCUCACUAUUGACAGUUGAUGACGAUGGACCAGGCUGGGGCUCAACAUAAUAUGAAGUCACAUCAGCAUUAGCGUCGAGUUCCCUUGCUACUGGUUGGUCUUGACCAAGGUUUCCUUCAUCUAGAUUUUGAAAGCUGUUAUCAGAGAUAGCAAAGUAGCUGUCGGGAUUGUACGGGAAAAUACCACAUGCACCAAACCCAUUCACAGCUUUAGAAGAGGUAGCAGCGCGAGCCCAUGUGUUACCUAUUAAUUUUCCAGCAAUGUAUCGAUUUAUUUUUCGAUCAUUGUGACUCAACAUACAGUUUUUAGUUUCCGAAGCGAAGUAAGUUUUGAAAGGUUUAAAAAAACUCCGGUCAAGCGGUUGUAAAGCCUGUGUAGUGUGGCUUGGCAAACAGAACAAUAUUAUGUCAUUUUCUCGUGCUAAUUCUAGUAAAUCAAUAGCAGUAGUGUGAGAUAAAUGCCCGUCAAGUAUAAGCAAAACCUUGCCCUGUGGUUUUAUUAGCACGAACUGUUCUUUCAGCCACUUUUGAAAGAGUUCUGUGUUGACGUAGGCAGAUUUUUUAUUCAUGUACAUGUUGGCUCCGGGCGGAAGACCCUCUUGGAACUCUGGUCUUUUAUUGACCCCCUUGACAAUGACCACCAGAGGAACAUAGUUGCCAACAGCUUUACAGCAAGCUAUAAUUGACAUUGUAUCACCUUUUUCGCUAGAAGUGAUGGAAUUUACUACUUUGGCAAUAACUUUACCAGGAUUAUUGUUCAUUUGAACUCCAGUUUCGUCAGUAUUAUAAAUUCGAUCGGUUUAUCGAUCAAAUCAUUUUCAGUUAGUACUUUCAGCAACAAUUCAAACAUUUUGUUUACUUCAUCUCGAUUUAAUCCUUGAGCCCUUGCAAUAGACAAACCUUCUGCCUGGCGAAUACUGAGUUCUGGGUGUCGUUCAAGAAAUGAUUUGAGCCAGUGCUGAGCACCCAUACGUGUCUCUUUGUUAAAAGAAUUUUCCAAACCCACUUUCUCGGCAAAUUCAAAAGCGAGUCUUCUUACAUCCUGUCGUGUUGUGGGAAAUCCUGCCUUUUCUAAAUUUUGUAUGUGCGCUACGAGACGUUUCUCGUUGUCAAAGUCCAGUGUGGGAUGUUCUCCUGAAAAAGAAGAAAUUAAUAGGUACAGAAAAAAACUGAGGAUUCAAAAAGGACAAGUAUAAAAAAACAAACUAAGAAGACGGUGCUAAAUUGAAUUUGAUUAGGGAAAUUUAUUCCUCUAUUACUUACCCAAAGUAAGAUUU